UGCACGCUGAGGGGGGAACCCACAGAGGAAGGGACCCAGGCGUCCGGGCGGGGCCGAGGGGUUAAAAAGCGGCCGCGGGGCCCACGCCGGGCAGACGAGGCGGCGGCAGCGACCGGGGACACACGGGGACGCGGUCAGGGACACACGGACACACGGACACACGGACACACGGACACACGGACACGGACACACGGACACGCAGGCCCCCCCAUGCGGAGCCCCGCCCCCCCCGGCCCUGCCCUCCUGCUGCUGCUGCUGCUCCACGCUGAAAUUCCAGCUGGGGAGGCUCCCCCAGGGCUGGAGUGCGGGCGGCAGCGCGAGCGGGGCCGCGUGGUCGGGGGCUCGGCCGCCAGGGCCGGGCAGUGGCCGUGGCAGGUGAGUCUGCAGCUGCGGGGGCAGCACUUCUGCGGGGGGACCCUGGUCGCCCCCCAAUGGGUCCUGUCGGCCGCUCACUGCUUCAUAGGCCCCUCAGGCCCCCGGGCGGAGCUGCGGGCGUGGCAGGUGGUGGCCGGGCAGCUCCGAUUGGCCGAUGGCGAUGACGUCAGCGAUGAGGUCAGCGGGCAGCAGCGGGCGCUGUCGGCCAUCUUGGUUCACCCUGGUUUCCGGGGCGUGGCUGGCGGUCACGACCUGGCCCUGCUGCGAUUGGCUGAGCCGCUGUGGGCGGGGCCGGGCUCGGGCGUGGCCCCCGUGUGCCUGCCCCGCCCCGGCCACGCCCUCCCGUACGGCACCACCUGCUGGGUCACCGGCUGGGGACACGUGGCCGAGAACGUGUCCCUGCCCGCGGGGUCCCCCCUCCAGCAGGUGGCGCUGUCCCUGCUGAGCCCCCCGACCUGUAACUGUCUGCACGGGACCCUGCGGCGGCGCGAGCUGGAGCGGCCGGCCCGGCGCGGCAUGGUGUGCGCGGGGGGCACCGAGGGGCACGGGGCCUGCCAGGCAGACUCGGGGGGCCCGGUUGUGUGUCUGUCCGGCGGUCGGUGGGUCCAGGCCGGGGUCCUGUCGUUCUCGGCGGGCUGUGCCCGCGCGGGGGGGCCGGCUGUAGCCACGGGGCUCCCGGCCCACGCGCGGUGGCUGCGGCGCCACCUCCCGCCUGCCGCCUUCCCGCCCAGCCCCAGGGAGGCGCCCCCUGCUGGGCUGGAGGACGGGCUGUGCCUGGGCUGUGGGAUGCAGGGGGGGCCCCCGCUGUCCCCCCCGUUCCCGCCCCGGCCGGCCUGGCCCUGGGCGGUGACGCUGCUGCUGGCGGGGCGGCCGCGCUGCGGGGGGGCCCUGGUGGCCGAGGGCUGGGUGCUCACGGCCGCCCAGUGCUUCAUCGGGGCUCAGGACCCGCAGGGCUGGCAGGUGGUGGCCGCGGGUGGCGCCGCCCGCGCGGGGUCGCGGCUGCAGCUCCACGGCGCCUUCGUGGGUGCCGGGCAGGGCCACGACUUGGCGCUGCUGCGGCUGCAGCGCCCCCUGCAGCUCGGGAGGAGCCUGCGCCCGCUCUGCCUGCCCUACGGGGACCACCGCCCGCCCCCGGGGACGCGCUGCUGGACCCUCCUGGGGACGCGGGGCCCGUGGGUCCCCGAGCAGCUGCUCAGCGUGGAGGUGACAAUGGCCAAGUCCUGCGGGGACGCUGGGGACACCGAGGGGGCCACGACCCACCCUGACACCGUCUGUGUCGCCGGCCCCGAAAGCGACAGCGCCUGCCAGGCGCCGCCGGGGUCCCCCCUGUUCUGCCUGGAGCGGGGGGUCUGGUUCCUGCUGGGGGUGGCCGGCGGGGGGGGCUGCGGGGCCCAGGGCCCCCCCAAGUUCACAGCCGCCCCCCAAUACGAGCGCUGGAUUCUGGGGGUCACCCGGGAGGCCUAUUUCAGCCAGACCCCCCCCGACCCCCGCGAGGAAGAGGAGGAAGAGGAGGACGGGGGGGACCCCGACAUCUGGGGGGACCCCGACAGCUGGGAGGAGCCUGGAGACUGGGGGGACACCCCAACAAUGGGGGACCCAGGCGUCCGGGAGAGCCCUGGAACCACGCGGGACCCAGGCGUCCGGGAGAACAGCAAUACUACAGGGGACCCAGGCGUCCGGGAGAGCCCUGGAACCACGCGGGACCCAGGCGUCCGGGAGAACAGCAAUACUACAGGGGACCCAGGCGUCCGGGAGAGCCCUGGAACCACGCGGGACCCAGGCGUCCGGGAGAACAGCAAUACUGCAGAGGACCCAGGCGUCCGGGGGGACCCAGGCGUCCGGGGGAACCCUGAAAUCACAGAGCAGCCCAGGACCACUGAGGACCCAGGCGUCCGGGGGAACCCAGGCAUCCAGGAGGACCACAAUACUACAGGGGAUCCCAGGAUCACUGCGGACCCAGGCGUCCAGGGGGACCCAGGCGUCCGGGAGCACCCCAAUACUACAGGGGACCCAGGCAUCCGGGGGGACCCAGGCCUCCUGGAGCACCCCAAAGCCAAUGAGGACCCAGGUGUCCGGGGAAAACCCCACCCCACAGGGGACCCAGGCAUCCGGGAGCACCCUGAAACUACAGGGGACCGUGGCGGCCGGGAGGACCCAGGCGGCCGGGGGGACCCUGCCACCUGGCGCCAGGCCCAGCUCCCCGAGGACCCCGACACUUGGGGGGACCCUGAAUCCUGGGAGGACCCAGGCAUCCGGGAGGGGACUCAGGUGUCCGGGGGGGACCCAGGUGUCCUGGAAUGCUUUGUCCAGGCCUGACCCCCAUUUUUUUGGGGGGGGGGGAGGGAGGAGUUCUGAGCAAUAAAUUGGGGGGCUGAGCAGAGUCGCUGCCUCUUCCUGGGGUUCCCACCCCCUGCGCCACACACCUGGGGGGUUUCCAGCCCCAUUUUGGGGGGAUUUCCAGCCCCAGUUUUGGGGUUUCCAGCCCUCGGAGUCCCGGAGUUCAUGGGGGGGGGACCCAGGAGUUCGGGAGGGACCCAGGAGUUCGGGAGGGACCCAGGAGUUCGGGCCCCUCCCCGUAUCCUGCAUGCGGCCGGUUCCCGGGUUGGGACCCAGGCGUCCGGGGGGGGGAUCCAGGCGUCUGGCUGCUUCCAUACAAGGCCACCAAGGGGCCCGCGUGCAGUGACGUCACCCGGGGGGGCCACACCCCAUCCCAGCCAUGGAGGACCUGGACGCCCUAUUGGCUGACCUGGAGAUGACGUCACGGCUGGCGUGUCCCCCCUCCCCCCCCCGGCGGGGACAUCCCCCCACCCCGACCACCACUCCCCUACGGUCAUGUGCCGGGGGGGGACACGGAGCAGCUUUACAGCUCGGUGUGGAGGCCCCGCCCCCCCCGGGCCCCGCCCACCCUGGGGCAGCUCGAGCGCCUCCUGCAGGACCUGGACGGCACCCAGGGGGGACCCGCAGCUGAACUCGAGCCCCACGUCUCCCCCACGAAGACCCCAGAGCUUCCACCUCCCCCCAAAUCUGGGGCGCAGUGAGUACCUCCCCACCCCCCGACCCCCCCAAACCCGCCAUUUUCACCCCAAAACUCCCCCCAUGC